AUGCUCAAGGAAAUGACCGUCGCGCUCGACGGCCUCAUCAUGACGCGGAUCGAUGGGGCCAGAUCGGAGUUCAACCUCGACGUCGAGCAAAUCCGCGCGGACCUCGUCACUGCGGCAAGGAUGAUGCCAUGGACAAGCAGGUUCGACCGCAAUCAACAUCAAACACUAGUGAGGCAGAUGUUUCGUAUUGCUCAGGAAUCAACAGUGAAAGAUUAUGUGGAACGCUUUGCGGAAUUGUAUGAUCAGUUAUCGGCUUAUGAGGAGAUGCCUGACAGCUUGUACUACACCACGCGUUUCAUCGAUGGCCUUAAACCUGGUGUGCGCAUGUCAGUGGCUCUGCAAAAACCACAAGAUCUGGAUGCUGCUUAUGACAUAGCUUUACUCCAUGAAGAGCUUAGUGACAGUCACUCUUCAACCCAGCCGUUUAGGAAAACAGUGACCACUGCCACUCAUUCGUCGAAAACUUUAUCCAGUUCUGACAGAAAAAUGACAGAAACCAGUAAGAUAGCUCCUCCAGAGGACAAAUGGAAUGCCCUGCGUACUUAUAGGAAAUCAAAGGGCCUGUGUUUUAUCUAUGGAGAGAAAUGGUCCAAGGAUCAUCAGUGCAAAUCGUCAGUUCAACUUCAUAUUGUGCAGGAAAUGAUUGAACAUAUACAGAGCAACAGUUCCUUCUACCCAGAGUCGUCUGACAGUGAUUCAGACAACCUCAUGUUACUGUCUGUAGCUGCUUGUUCUGCUGAAACUACUCCUUCAACAAUGAAACUAAGAGCGGUUGUUCAAGGACAAACACUUACCUUCUUGGUCGACUCUGGCAGUACCCAUUCUUUCCUCAAUACAGCUCUGAUUGCACUAUUGCCUACUGUCCAGGAUAUCAAGCCAAUUGUAGUAACUGUGGCUGGUGGAGCUCAGUUAUAUUGUACACAAGUUGUGAAACAAUGCAGCUGGCAAUGUGACCAAGCAGUGUUUAAAACAGAUUUCAGAUUGCUUCAGCUAGGCCACUAUGAUGGUAUCUUAGGGCUUGAUUGGUUGGCCAGUCAUAGCCCUAUGGUUAUUGAUUGGGAGCAGAAGUGGUUUUCCUUCCAGUUCCAGGGAUCUUGGAUUACAUUACAGGGAGAACUGCCAGAAGAUUGCACUUAUACAGUCAUGAGUGUUGAGUUGGAGGGUGCAGAUAGUAGUGAGGACAGUAAACAUAUACCUGAAGUACAAGCAUUGUUACAGAAGUUCUCUGCUGUUUUUGAAGAACCAAAAGGGGUGCCCCCUAGAAGGAAGUAUGAUCAUACUAUACCACUAAUUCCUGGAGCAACACCAGUGGCUGUCAGACCUUACAGAGUAGCUCCUCAUCUGAAAACUGAAAUGGAAAAGCAAGUUAAGGAACUGUUGCAGAAUGGUAUGAUUAGACUCAGUAAAAGCCCUUUUUCUUCUCCUAUGCUUAUGGUCAAGAAAAAAGAUGUCACCUGGUGCAUGAUGGUAGAUUACAGACACUUGAAUACAAUAACUAUGAAAGGCAAAUAUCCCAUUCCUGUAAUUGAUGAAUUGUUAGAUGAGUUGCAUGGAGCAUGCUGGUUUACUAAACUGGACUUGAGGGCAGGCUAUCAUCAGAUUAGACUGGCUCCUACUGAGGAAUUCAAAACUGCAUUCCAAACUCAUGAAGGGCACUAUGAAUUCUUGGUUAUGAGUUUUGGGCUAUCUGAAGCACCAGGCACCUUUCAUGGAGCUAUGAACUCUAAUCUGCCUGCAUUAAGGGAAUUUGUCCUAGUUUUCUUUGAUGAUAUCCUAGUUUUUAGCAAAACCUUGAAGGAACAUCUGCAAGUUGCUUACCUGGGUCACAUCAUGAGUGAAACAGGGGUUUCUAUUGAUCCGUCUAAAAUCUUAGCUGUUGAGAACUGGCCUACUCCAGUCAAUGUGAAGGAGAUCAGAGGAUUGCUUGGCCUCACUAGUUACUACAGGAAGUUCAUUAAGAACUAUGGAAUUAUUAGCAGGCCAUUAACUGAACUGUUGAAGAAAGGUACACUGUUCAUUUGGACACCUGCUGCUGAUACUACUUUUGCAACUCUGAAACAAGCUCUCAUUCAAGCCCCUGUGUUGGCAUCACCUGACUUUUCAUUGCCCUUUGUGCUGGAAACUGAUGCAUGUAAUUAUGGGAUAGGAGCAGAAAUCAUGGACAGUUAUGGACAAGAUCCAAAAGCUCAGGAGCUAUUGCAACAACUUUCUGUUCAACCAACAUCCAGGCCCUCCUUCUCCUUAACUAAUGGCCUACUCAAGUACAAAAACUGCAUCUGGAUUGGUAAUGAUGUUCAACUUCAAGCAAAGAUUUGUCAUGCUUUCCAUGCUACACCUCUGGAGGUCACUCUGGAUUUCCUGUUACUUACAAAAGAAUUCAUGCCUUAUUCAAGUGGUCUGGUGUGCAUCGAGGAGGCCACCCCUCCAUACAACCUUUGGCUCGCCUUCAAGGAGGAGGCGACGUGCACACGCGUGCUUGAAUCAUCAAUGACAAAGCGUGAGCACGUCGUGGAUGCAUGGUCCUGCAACCCAAGCAAGGUUCCUAAGGUGCUCGAACUCAAGGUCACCAAACCAAAGCCGACAAUGUGGAGCAAGCUGCCUUCCUCCGACGACGAAUGUCAGUCGCCGCCCCCUCCUGUGUCACCGACGUCCAUGCGCACAUGCAUCCACACUAUCAUCGUCCAUGUCAUGUCCAUGGUAGAUCACGGCGAGCUAAUGGCUGAAGAUUUGUUGAACAAGUACCGCCCUAAUGAAAGCGAAUGCCUCAGCCGUGAGCACAUGUUCCUUUGCUGGCGCGGGAGGAUUGACGGCACCGGACCUGGAGGUGACGACGGAAACACUAGUUGA